AAAUCCCUAAAUAGGCUAACAAAGUUUGUUCCUCCGUCGUCUUCUUCAGGUAAUCAGAGUACAGACUACAGGGUCCAGACAGAGCUUUGUUACUCCGUCGUCAUCUUCACUCCUCAGUCCUCAUAGCUUCAUCGUCUCCACUCUGCCAUCGCCUCCUCAUUCGGAAAAAGGAUCUUUAUGCUAUACAGACUACCCGGUCUCUCACUUCUCUCUCCAAGUGUCUCUGGUUGUUUGGGAUUUAGAUUACACAUACAAGAGGGUGGAGGAGAACUGUCAAAAAUUAUGGAUUCGUUGCAGAUUGCUAGUGGGAUUACUGGUGGGAAUGUUGGCAAAUGACAAUGGAACGAUGACUUCCCAGAUCAAUGACAAGGCUGCACCAACAACAGCUGAUGAUACGAAGCAGAACCUGAGCCAGGUUAUUAACUCCAUACAGAAGACUCUUGGCCUCAUUCACCAACUUUAUCUCACUGUAUCGUCGUUCAAUGCUGCCUCUCAGCUGCCUCUCCUCCAACGCCUCAACAAUCUUGUCAUGGAGCUUGAUAACAUGUCCAAAUUGUCUGAAAACUGCAACAUUCAGGUUCCUAUGGAGGUCCUCAAUUUGAUUGAUGAUGGAAAGAAUCCAGAUGAGUUCACGAAAGAUGUCUUAAACAGCUGCAUUGCCAAAAAUCAGGUUACCAAAGGCAAAACUGAUUCCUUCAAGGGCUUACGAAAGCAUCUUCUGGAGGAACUGGAGCAGGUCUUUCCUGACGAAGUUGAAUCAUACAGGGAGAUACGUGCAAAUUCUGCUGCUAAAGCAAAGUGCCUUGGCCAAGCACAAAGUACUUUACCAAAUGGCGAUUUGAAGGUUAAGCAACCUGAGCUUUGAGCUUCCAAGAACAAUUGGGUGCAUAAAGUAUCUACGAUCACUCAAUAAUUAGCAAAGUUUGUAACAACUUGCUAUAGACUCUGUAAGUGCUAUUAGCGACGAAGAUACAAGCUCAGUUGGAUGUAUAUUUUUAUGGCUUCGAUAAGCAAUGGGUCAAGACAUGAUAUAAUUCAACAUAGGUGGAAGCUGCAAAGCAUGUUUUGCUUCGGAACCAGAUUCAUCGGUAAUCUAUAUCAGCAGUAAGUGAAAUUCAUGGCUUGUGGAAAGAUCCUACCGAUGGAGUUGCAACUCCAGUUUGCAAAACACUGCAAUAGAUGUAUUAUAAUAGAAAGCAACAAGUGACUUCCAAGAGAUGAUGGGUUCUAUGCGGU